GUACGAUGUAUGUUGAAUAUAUGGGGUGUGAUGCUUUUCAUUCGACUUUCAUGGAUAGUUGGUCAAGCUGGAAUAGGUCUUGGAGUUGUUAUUAUCCUUCUGGCUACUGUAGUAACAUCAAUUACUGGGUUAUCAACUUCUGCUAUAUUGACAAAUGGAUGUGUUCGUGGAGGUGGUGCCUACUAUCUCAUAUCCAGAAGUCUAGGGCCAGAAUUUGGUGGAUCUAUUGGUUUAAUCUUUUCCUUUGCCAAUGCUGUAGCUGUGGCCAUGUAUGUCGUUGGGUUUGCAGAAACUGUAGUGGACAUAUUGAAGGAAAAUAAUGCACUUAUGGUGGAUCCAGUCAGUGAUAUACGAAUAAUAGGUUGCAUUACAGUAGUAGCACUUCUUGGUAUAACUGUAGCUGGCAUGGAGUGGGAAUCAAAGGCUCAAGUUUUUCUUCUGAUAAUUCUUCUUAUCGGUAUUGUUAACUUUUUUAUUGGAACUGUCAUUCCAAGUACCUUUGAUAAAAGAAGUAAAGGUUUCUUUAACUACCAAGCUAACUUAUUCGCAGAGAAUUUUGGACCGUCUUUCAGGGAUGGAGAAAGUUUCUUCUCUGUCUUUGCCAUCUUUUUCCCAGCUGCUACUGGCAUUCUCGCUGGUGCCAACAUCUCGGGUGAUCUAAAGGAUCCACAAACAGCCAUCCCUAGAGGAACAUUGUUGGCAAUUUUCAUAACAACUUUGACUUAUAUAGGUGUUGCCAUCUGUAUAGGUGCUACCAUUGUACGUGAUGCUACUGGAAGUAUCAAUGAUACUAUCAGUUCUUCGACAAGCUGUAAUGGUUCGGCAGCCUGUAUGCUGGGAUAUGAUUUCUCUGUCUGCAAUACACAGACCUGCAAUUUUGGUUUAAUGAAUAACUUCCAGGUUAUGAGCAUGGUUUCUGGUUUUGGACCCCUCAUUACUGCGGGAAUCUUUUCAGCCACUCUUUCCUCUGCCCUGGCCUCAUUAGUCAGUGCACCCAAAAUUUUCCAGGCUCUCUGUAAGGAUAAUAUUUACAAGGGGCUGUAUUUCUUCGGCAAGGGAUAUGGAAAGAAUGGUGAGCCAAUUAGAAGCUACAUUUUAACCUUCUUUAUUGCUGUUGCAUUCAUUCUGAUUGCUGAACUGAAUACAAUUGCUCCUGUUAUCUCAAACUUCUUCUUGGCCUCAUAUGCACUUAUCAAUUUUUCAUGUUUUCAUGCUUCGUAUUCAAAAACUCCAGGGUGGCGUCCUGCAUUUAGAUUUUACAACAUGUGGGUGUCGCUGCUUGGAACUGUGUUGUGCUGUGCCGUCAUGUUUGUUAUCAACUGGUGGGCAGCUGUAAUCACAGUUGCAAUCGUAUUAUUCCUUAAUAUUUAUGUGAUUUACAACAAACCAGAGGUGAACUGGGGUUCUUCAGCGCAGGCCAUGUCUUAUGUAACUGCCCUUCAAGAUGCCCUAUCACUGACUGGGGUGAAUGAUCAUAUUAAGAAUUUCAGGCCACAGUGUAUCGUAUUGACAGGGUCACCUUUGUCCAGGCCAGCCUUGUUGGAUUUAACACUUUCUUUCACCAAGAAUUUUAGUCUCUGCAUCUGUAGUCAAGUAUUUAUGGGUUCACGAAAGCAAACAGUAAGUGACAUUAACCUGAGCGUGGAUAAAUACCAGCAGUGGCUUGCGAAGAACAAAAAAAAAGCCUUCUAUGCAGCAGUGGCUGGAGACAACCUGCGUGAUGGAGUAAAGUGCUUACUUCAGGCUUCUGGAUUGGGUCGAAUGAAACCAAAUACACUCGUGAUUGGAUACAAAAGAGAUUGGCGUACUACUACUUCUCAAGAUGUUGAAAAUUACGUUGGCAUUUUGCAUGACGCCUUUGAUUUUGAAUAUGGUUUGAUGAUUCUCCGGAUUAGCCAAGGGCUUGAUAUCUCCUGCAUACUUCAGAUUCAAGAAGAAUUGCAGAGGAAGGAGCAAGAAAAAUUAGCAUUAGAAGCUGCUAAGAGAGACGAACAAGAGGAUGGAAAACAAGGAAUCCGUUCACUGAAAUUCCUGAACAAAGCUGUCAAAUAUAGUAGUAAUACACUAGAUGUGAAUACACAGAAAGACUUUAAAAUCAGUGCUGGUCAUGCUGCAGAUUUCAAUCAACGCCUACUGGAUGCAAGUACUCAGUUCCAAAAGAAUCAGGGGAAAGGUACAAUAGACGUGUGGUGGCUGUUUGAUGAUGGAGGUUUGACUAUUCUCAUUCCCUAUCUGUUAACUACGCGAAAAAAAUGGUGUGGCUGUAAAUUGCGUAUCUUCAUUGGAGGGAAGUUGGACAGUAUUAAUGAGGAGAAACGAGCAAUGGCUGCACUUCUAGGAAAAUUCAGGAUUCAGUGCGCUGACAUCAAGGUCAUCGGAGACAUUAACAUGAAGCCAAGCAAAGAGAGCUGGAAAACAUUUGAGGAAUUGAUUGAACCAUACCAACUGCAUGAGGGUUCCAAGGAUCCUGCAACUGCAGAGAUACUGCAGAAAGAAUAUCCAUGGAAAAUUACUGAUGCUGAGCUGGAGAGAUUUAAAGACAAGACAUAUCGGCAGGUCAGACUCAAUGAGCUUCUGCAGGAGAACUCCCGAUCUGCCAAUAUAAUUGUUGUGAGCUUGCCAAUCGCAAGGAAGGAAGCUGUAUCAAGUUACCUUUAUAUGGCUUGGUUGGAGAUUCUUUCUAGAAACCUGCCUCCUGUCAUAAUGAUCAGAGGAAAUCACAAGAAUGUUCUUACCUUCUACUCCUAG